AUGAGAGAAUCACAGACGGACCAUGGUUCUGUACAUUAUGAUUUCUCUGUAGUCAGUAGUACUAGUACCUCGUCGAUGCUGAGUGCUGAUGAUGAUGAUGCCUCGACGACGGAUAACACCAGUCAAGAAAAUCAGAAGAGGACGCUCAGAGAUCCAGAACCAAUGACAACAGAAGAGGUAGAUCUAAGCAAUAGCGCUAGAAACGGUGGCAAUUAUGUCUUCAACAGCAACAACAAGAACAACGGGAAAAAACAACAAUCUGGGUCUGCUGAGCUGUCAAACGACCUGCAGAACGAAUUACAAACGCUGUUCAAAAUACCAAAACAAGAUCGGGGACAGAGAGCUGGUGCGAUGGGCGCAGGAAAACAAGGCAAUCCAGAAAAUGACAUUCGCACGGCGACUCUCGAUUUGAGAAAGGAAGUUCCUCGAGACUGUUUUGAUAUUGUGGCUACUCGACCAAGAGACGUCAAGGGGUACAAUGUAGAUGAAUUGCGUUUGGCCGAUCGUCUCCUCAAUGCCAAAGCGAAUGCUAAUGAGAAAAAACCGCCAAGGGAAUUUGAUGAGUAUCAAAUAGAGCUUUUCCGAACGAUAAAAGAGUUUGAGGCAAGGAAAAAUCAAAGGCUUCAAAAGUUGGGUUUUGUCAAUGAACCAAGAAGUGCUGCAAAGGCUGAUGAGAGUUUUAUUGAAGACGACGGAUCCAGUUCUCUAGAGAGCGAAGAGUUAGAAGUGCUAUUCGCUGCUGCUGCUGCCGAAGAUCGUAAUGAUGCGCCGUCAGGCUGGAUUCCAAAUCCACUUCCAAAGCAUCCGGCACCUUCAGAAGUGAUCAAUUGGCCGAAACCAAGCGCCAUGAUCACAAAUAAUAUAUCAAGUCGAAUUCCACCGCCAAUGCCACAUCGAGCGUGCCAAAUGGCGGCACCACAACAACGACAAGCAAACAACUUUAUGAAGCAAAAAAACUUCAUCGUGCCUCAAAAACAACAACAACAACAACAACGACAGCAACAACGACAGCGACAACAAGCAAAGAAUUUCGUGAAACAUACAGAUGCCAUCGUGCCCCGUCAACAACAAAAGCAACGACAAGCAAAGAAUCCUGUGAAGCAAAACGACGACAUAGUGUCUCACAUUGCCAAUGUUGCCAAUCACAUGGUACAGUCACAAAAACGGCUGGCUAGUUCGACUGGGAACAAGGAUUUGAACAGACGGAUGCUUCGCGAAAACACUUCUGAAUUACUACGCAACCUUGCAGCCAUUCAGCGUUUUGAGUUAGAGCGAAAUGGAACAAACAAUAACGACACAAGGAAGAUAGAGUCGUUUUCCAGAAUGCACAAAGAAACAAAGGCUACUGCAAGACCAAAUGAUCUGGAUGCGAGAGUGGGGCCACCACAGAGCAAUCUUAUGUUGCUCCGUGCCAAGCGAGACGAGGCUGCAAUGACGGUUCGCAAGGAACUCGCGGCAUCCAAGCUGAUGACCUCUGCCUUAGGUGGUGCCCACCAGAUGACAAUUUCUCCGGGGAAGGGAAAUAAAGAUAACAGCGGGAAAAGGAAUGAGAAGCUCCAUAAGCCUGGCAAAUCUAGUAAGGUGAGAAAAAAGCCGAUGCCCAGCGACCAACAAAGAGUCUCGCGACACAGGAUUGAGGGUGAUGAAGCUGAAUUUGAUCUAUACGAAGAUAGAGCCGAUCGAUUGGACAGGGUAAAGAGCAUGAUAGAAGAACUGCGGUAUCUUCGUUCCGCUAAGUGCGGUAAUAAUGAAUAG